AUAGUUGGGUCGACUUUAGAAGAGUGAGGUUCGUGCUGCAAACAUUUGUUGGAGGUUCUAUAUCAGAGAAAAGAAGAUGAUGAUCUCACAUCAAAAUCUACAAACUGGUUGGCUUCUUCUUAUGUUCGUGUCAGGAUCGGCAUACAGACUCGAUCUUUUCAGACGUAACUCUGUGCCAGUAGAAGGUGACGUGAGGCUGUUUGGUACUGAGAGCAUUUCAGAGGGUCGUGUUGAGGUCUACCACGAUGGAAAAUGGGGAACAGUGUGUGACGAUAACUGGGGCAUGACUGAGGCCCAGGUGGUGUGUCGUCAGCUCAAAUUCCCUGGAGCCAAAUCUGUUGUGGUCGGGAAGGACUAUGGGCAAGCAACUGGGCCAAUUUGGCUGGAUGAAAUCAAAUGUAAAGGCACAGAGAAAGAGCUUCUGACUUGUUCUUUCGGUGGUUUGGGAGUUACGGACUGCACUCAUAAGGAGGAUGUUGGAGUAAUCUGUGAAACAGGAAACAAUAUGACCAUUAUUGACUCUUCACUCUCCGUGGACCAUAGCAUCAGCCUCUCAGAUGAUCUCGGUGAAAUCUUUGACAGUGGUUUUGGCUGUGACCACCUAAUUGUAUUUGAAAGCCCAAAUGGAUUGGAGAAUGGCACUCCAGAGACGACUGAGAUGACGAUCUGUGUUCACAAAUUGAUCCUCAAGCAACUCCCGUUCUUCAGCCUUUCUGUAGAGAUGAACACCACCACAGUCACACUGAGAAAGCCCUGUAAAGCACAUCUGGUCCCUUUUAUCAGGUACCUGUACACCCGUAAGAUUGAUGUGACCUUCUCGUCUGCACUGUGCAUCCAUCAGCUGGCUUCAGAUUUUGGUGUAAAGCAGCUGAUGGAAGAUCUAGGUCGGCUAUUCUCUAAAAUUCUCCCUGAUGACUCUUCCUUUAACACCCAGCUUUCACUUUACCAAUACGCAAUGGAAACUGAGGACUUAAUCCUUCAGGAAAACUGUAUCCAGUACAUGGCCUGGAACUACCAAAACCUGACAUUGUCACCAGCUUGGUCUGAUCUUCCUGUGGAGCUCCUUCAAGCCCUCCUUACCCGCUCAGAUUUGGUUGCACCAGAUGAGUAUUUUGUGCUUCAAACUGUGGAAAAAUGGAUCACAGAGAAGUCCAAUUCCACCAGUUUGGAAACCCAAGUUGACCUGCUGCGUCUCGUUCGUUUCCCCAUGAUUUCUGCUGAGAAGCUGUACACCCUGGAGUCCAGCUCUCUUCUGUACAAGACUCAUAAGGACACCUAUCUUGACAGCAUUCUGAAAGCAUUUCAGUUUAAUGUUUUACUCUUCAGUAAUAUUUCAGCCUAUCCAAAUUUCAACAAAGACAGUGAUGAUUACAAGCCCAGGAUCUACACCUCUGAGACCUGGAGCACUGUUCUCAAACCCUAUUACAAUAUAAAUACGUUGAGAACACCUGUCCACCCCAGCCUUUUGUUUAAGGACAAAGUGAUCAACUGGGAAGCAAGAGUCUUAAGAAGUCAAAGUGAGUGUUCAAACAAUGGUUUGAGGUGUGAGUCGGUUCCUGCAGUGAAGCUGACUCUCUACUACCAAUAUUCCUCUGAGAGUAACGUUUUGUUCCGUAACCGCCUUCUGCUGGUGUGCCAGAACAAGUACGUCUGUCAGAUUCAAGGGUUCAAAGGCGACCUGGCUUACGUCGCUACAAAUAUUACCCAAGUCCUUGCUUAUCCCUGUCCUGAUGACAAGUACUCUUACGUAUUUGUAGUGAGACCAGAGUACGUCUGAUCCAACUUCAGGACCAGCCAGAAAAUAGAAUCACAAGAAGCAUGAUCAUUAAGUUGAUUCAAAACAAAUCACUUUUUCAAUUCGAAUGAUUGUUGUUUUGUUUUUUUUCCCCUGAUUUCUGUUAC